GCAUUUCACCGGAGUGGUUUCCGCCUCAGAUGCUGUGCAUCCCCGUCCUUGUUGAGACACGACUAUGUCAUGAUAAACUAGACUGCGUACGGUGAGACGUGGUUGCAUAAACGGCAGGAGGUUCACUACCUCUCAAAGCUUCCACUACCUAUCUUCGAGGAGAAAAUGCUCACUCCCAAUGGCUGUGGUAUCUCAACUUAUUCCAUGCAGCCUGCUAACAUACUGCACAGAGAUGCACCCCCAAAAUAGCACCUCCUCUGGCGCAAGCGGACUCGUCCUUGUCUUCAUUCCUUUGUCUACCUCUUGCGAGGCUGUGACAGAUGAAUCCACACACAGAGAACAUCUUCCAUUGUCUACCACCUGCAAACAAAAUCAACCUCGUAUUUGCCUGUCUCUGUUCCAGUUUCUGUUCUAUAACGUGCCCCUUCGAUUGUGACGACAAAUACAAACGCACAAAAUUGCGAGAAUACCAUACUGACACCAAGGCUCCCGAUGACGAGAUUUGUUUUCCUACAUGCCAUUCUGGGCAUGCUUUCUAUCUUCCUAUUCCAUGUCAAUGCGCAAUGCGAUCCAUUAAAUGGCACAUGCCCAGCAAUUCCAGGCCUCCCCACAAGUACAUAUUCCAUCGACUUCACCAAGCAAACCGGAUUGCCCUCAGAUUGGAUCCAAGCCGAGGGAGCUCCAGUGGCCUUUGGCAGCGGUGGUGCUAAUUUCACGAUCGGAAAACGGUUCGACGCGCCUUACAUCUGGACCCGAUUUUACGUCCUGUUCGGUCGCAUCGAGACCGUGGUGAAGGUCGCACCGGGAACCGGUAUCGUCACGAGCGCAGUCAUGAUGUCGGACGAUCUCGACGAGAUAGACUGGGAAUGGUCGGGAAACAACUUCGCGCAGUCAAGCGGCCGUGUUCAAACCAAUUGGUUCGGCAAAGGCAUUCCAGGCAGCUACGACAGAGGUUCACAGCCACAAGUCGCCGACCCUCAAGGACAAUAUCAUACGUACGUCUUUGACUGGACCCCAGAUAAUCUGACAUGGUCGGUGGACGGUACAAAUGUCUACACCACCCAAAACUCCCACCAGACCAGUGGAUCAUAUCAAUACCCACAAACACCGGCCCGUUUGCAUUUGGGCGUCUGGGCUGCUGGCGACCAAGACAACAACCCGGCCACAGUGUGGUGGGCAGGAGGCUACACCAAUUUCACGUUUGCCCCUUUCAGUGCUUAUGUUCAGUCUGUCAAGAUCACCACUUCCAACCCUUGCCCUAGCUGGCAGUAUCCGAACCCGUUCAAUGGCACUUCCCAAGCUGUGUUGUGCACAAAUCAGACCAUGACAUUGCCGUGUACCUAUACAGUCAAAUCUGGAGACAAUGGUCAGACGAUAGCGACCAAUCUGGAGGUGACGUUGGACGCUUUGAAAGGUGCAAAUCCUGGUCUCAAUUGGGACUUGUUGGUGGCCGGACAGACACUGAACGUCCCCGGUGCCAACUGCGCAAGCUCGACAACCCCGUCAUCGACAACAACAACUCAAUCCACGUCUUCACUGGCCUCCAAUUCUCAGAUCGUUUCAAGUAUCUCAUCAACGACAAGCUUCAUAGAUACCUCUUCGACAUCCUCCAGUAUGGCUGCAGCCUCUUCGAUCACUUCAUCGACAACCUUCACGGCUGCUGCAUCAUCAAACUCUCCUUCAGGUGCAUCUGACUCGUCGCUCACUUCGUCGGCAAGCCAGACGUCUGUUGCAGCAUCAAGCUCUCCUUCGAGUGCGCCUGCCAACAUCGACACAUCUUCUGCUAUCCGGACAGAGGCCUCCCUCUCGGGUCUCAGCAUGACUUCAAGUCUGUCCAGCGCCAUGGCCCCCGAGCCCACCGAGGGUGCAGGCACACCUUCAACUGCCAGUAUGACAACUCCAGCACAAUUGCCUUCAUCGUCUGCAUAUACUGUGGUUGCGGGUGACUAUGGUUGGGCCAUUGCCAGUAAGCUUGGCUGCAGUUUUGAUGCUCUCCUUUCCGCCAAUGCGAAUGUUGAUUGGGACGACCUACAAAUUGGACAAACGCUGAAUGCCCCCUGCUCAACAGGCGGGAUGCCAUCCACUGGAAGCCCCUCGAUCCAAGGCACUGGCGCCCCUGCAGGUGUUUCAGGUAUUUCCUCGUCUGCAUCUGCCUCCGCAUCUGCCUCUGCAUCGGCUUCGUCUACCAAUCCUGCAAGUCAGCCGAAUUUGACAAGCUCAUCUGCAAGCGCCACAGAUGGUGCGGUGUCUUCUUCGGUGGCACCAUCCCAAUUGGGGGGCAACGAUUCGGCCGGCCCGACUAACUCUUCUGCAUCAUCUGGUACAUUGUCAGCACCUUCUCCCAUUGGCACAACCACUGGCUGGUCUACCACCCAGCCUGCUUCUACAUCCGCGGCAAUGUCGUCUGAUUCUGAAUCAGCUAUCAUUACGACUAACAUUGCAUCGUCGAGCUCGGCCAGCGCGACUACUCCAGGCCAAAUGACUACCACGGCGGCAGCAAACCCUUCCAAUCAACAAAUAACUUCUUCAAAUACACCUAGUCAGAAUGUGGUCAACCCCACUACCGCAGCGUCAACCACCAAGAUGGUCUGUAAUCAAGACAAUUGCCUCCGUAAUAUGAUCGACAAACGAUAUUCGUCAUCAAUGGUUGCAUUCUGCCCUGGCUACACCAGCAUCACCUCCAACCCUGUCCCCUUUCCGACAUUUCUGACCGGCUGUUCAACAAACGUCAACAGAGUCAGUAGCGCUUGCAGCUGCCUGAUGACCAGUUAUGCAUCGGCUCAUUCAUCUUCGACUACUCCGGCAAUGACCGUCAGCGCACAGAGGGCAGGAACGCCAUCUUGGAGAUUGAAGCGAUCACCUUUGCGAUGGGAGCGACUUGUUGCGUGAUCUCCCUUGGGAAGAGACGGGCCCCUAAUUGACUAUCGAGGACCGAGCAUUGGAGGAUGAAGAACACGACUAGUAUGGAAACUUGGAUAGUAGCCAUAUGAUUCUGUAGACUCACUCUUCGUAUCAUAAUCCGGCAUCACGGGCAUAAAUUUGGUAGCCUUCACACGAAUGUUUCUAG